AUGAACAAAAUAACUAUAGUUCAACUAGCCGAUGAUUUAAAAAAAUUAAAGCAACAUCUUAUUGAAAGAGCCAAAGCUUCAAUCGAAAUUUUAAAAAUUAAACCUACUAAUAAGGAAGCAUUCAUAACAUUAAUUGAAACCAUUUACUGCAGAGUAAUUCUUCUUAACAGAAAAAGACCUGGUAAACUUCAAAGGAUAUCUGUUCAUUCUUAUUCAAGUAAUAGGUCGGAAACAUUAAAUGCAUAUGAGGAACUUGAUCCCAUUAUUUCUCCUACCGAAAAGAUUUUGCUGCAGAGCUUUAAAAGAGUCGUUAUUAAAGGAAAAAUAGGAAGAGGAGUCGCUGUAUUACUUAGCAAAGAUGUGCAAGAACAUAUAAAUAUUGUAUUAUCCUUAAGACAAAAUUUAGUUGACGAAAACAAUCCUUAUUUGUUUGGUAAACCAGACCUGCUAACACCCAUAACAGGAUACAAAGUCUUAGAAAAAUAUGCCACAAUAAGUGGGGCAAAAAAUCCUACAUCAUUAACGUGCACCAAAUUGCGAAAACAUUUAGCGAUCUUAUCUCAACUAUUUUCUUUAAAUGAAACCGAAGUGGAUCAGCUAGCAACCUUUAUGGGUUGGGUUGGUGUGCAUAAAAAUUCGUAUAGAUUUCUAGAUGAUGUUCACCAGACCGCCAAGAUUUCAAAGCUACUUUUACUGCUGGAAAUAUAA